AUGAACCCAGGACCUGCCCCUCGUCCUCCCACCGAUCGUCCUCGUCUAGCUCUCACCCCCAACGUUAACAAUGUCGCCGGCAACAUGAGCCAAUUGAGUCUGCAAUCGCCUGGCCUCGGAAGCUCCACAUCUUCUCUCCAACGAUCUAUGACCGAUUUUGGCUCGUCUCGCAAUGAAUCCUCGGCCGUCAAGUCUGGCUGGGCUAAAGUCAAGGAGGAGGGCGGUUUCAUGAAGGGUGUCUUCUGGUCUGAGAAGUUCCUCGUCCUCAGAGAGAAAGCCCUCGACUUCCAGAAGAGCGACACCACUCCCAAAAUCUCCUUCUCCAUUCCUCUCAAGGAUGUCUUGAACAUUACCAGAUCUGAGACCAUCCCAUACUCGUUCGAGUUGACUCGAGGCACACCCGGCAAUGAGAAGAUGGUCAUUUGCAAGUUCGAGACCGACAACGACGUCUACGGCUGGAUUGAUGUCAUUUACAACAAGAGUCCCACCAUGGGCGGUGUCAGCCACCCCACUUCGUUCGCCCACCGUAUCCACGUCGGCUUCGAUCCUGUUACUGGCGGCUUCGUCGGCCUGCCUGUAGAAUGGCAGAAGCUGCUUAACAGUUCGGCUCUCACUCAGGACGACAUGGCUAAGAACCCCCAGGCUGUUGUUGAGGCUCUCGAAUUCUACACAAGCAAGCUCCAGAAGAGAGCAGACGACCCCAAGCAAUAUCCCAGCCUGACUCCCACCCCUCCGAUUGACGCUCACGGCAACAGACAGUUGGGCCAUGGCAAUGGCAUCGCUCCUCCCCGUCCUCAACCUCCUGCCCAAUACACCAGAAAGGAGAGCUACAGCUCUACCCGCAAUGUCUCGCCUGCUGGUUCUCAGCCCUCCCUUUCGCGCACUAACACCGCGCCUCAGUACGACCCCCGCAUCGAGGACGAGCGCAGACGCAAGGAAGACGAGAGACGUAGAAUGCUCGAGAAGCAGCGCGCAUACGAGGAUGCUCAGCGCAGAGAGGCACAAGAGCUGGCAGACUAUAACGCUAGUCUGCCCAAGCACAAGCUGCCCCUGGCUCAGCAAGAAAUUGGCGGUGGCGGCUACGCCAGCGAUCGCGAUGCCAGCCCUGCAUCCAGAUACAACCCCUCCAGACCCGCUCCUCCUGCUCCUUCUUCAUCAGGCCAGAAGGUCAACCCCGUCCGCCAAUUGACCGCCCAGCGCCAGGCACCCACAGCACCUUCCGCCAACGGCUCAUCUUCCAUUCCCAGACCCAGCCCCUCUUCUCAGAGACAACAGUCGCCCAGCGACUCGAGAAAGCCCAGCGGCCAAGCAGGCAUUGCUGGUGUUCACAUGCCCUCCGGUUCGUCGCAGCAGAGAGAGCAUUCUCCCGCCGCUCCCAAACCGCUCAAUGUCGCAGCCAAGCAGCCUACCGGCGCUCCCAUGGACCCUAUCAAGAAGGCCGAAAUGGCACUUACUGCCGCCCCACCCAAGAAGGAGGAGCCCAGAAAGGAUGUACGCAUGUCAAGCAUGACUGAUGCUCAGGUUAUGGAGAAGCUGCGCGAGGUCGUCUCCAAGGAGCGUCCUUUGGACUCCUACAACAAGCAAAAGAAGAUUGGUCAGGGCGCUUCUGGUUCCGUCUACGUUGCUCGCAUUCGUGAAUCUGCCACUUCGCCCACUGCCCGCCAGCAAUUGCGUGAGAACGGGCCUAGAGCUCAAGUCGCUAUCAAGCAGAUGGAUCUCCGCAACCAGCCCCGCAAGGAGUUGAUUGUCAACGAAAUCAUUGUCAUGAAGGACAGCAAGCACCCCAACAUUGUCAACUUCCUCGACGCCUUCUUGCAAGAAGAGAGCAACGAGCUCUGGGUUGUCAUGGAAUUCAUGGAGGGUGGUGCGCUUACCGAUGUCAUUGACAACAACCCUAGCAUCUCGGAACCACAGAUCGCCACUAUCUGCCACGAAACUUGCAAGGGUCUUAUCCACCUUCACCAACAGAACAUCAUUCACCGUGAUAUCAAGUCAGACAACGUCUUGCUUAGCUCGCGAGGCAAUGUCAAGAUCACCGACUUUGGUUUCUGUGCCAAGUUGACCGAGCAACGCAGCAAGCGUGCCACCAUGGUCGGCACCCCAUACUGGAUGGCACCCGAAGUCGUCAAGCAGAAGGAGUACGGCAGCAAGGUCGAUAUCUGGUCCUUGGGUAUCAUGGCCAUCGAGAUGAUCGAGUCGGAGCCUCCAUACCUUAACGAGGAGCCCUUGAAGGCACUGUACCUGAUCGCCACCAACGGCACACCACGCCUGAAGAAGCCCGAGGCUCUUAGCAAGGAGUUGAAGAGCUUCUUGAGCGUCUGCUUGUGUGUUGAUGUCAAGUCUCGUGCUACUGCCGAGGAGCUUGGUAGACACGACUUCCUCAAGACUGGAUGCAACCCCAACAUGCUCGCCGAGCUGCUGAGAUUUAGAAAGCAGAGCGGCCACUGA